AUGAUGCGAGGUCUAUCAGGCGCUUUUCCUGCUUGCACGGCUAGAGCUCGCUGCACCAAGCCUUGUAUGGGUGCUGUGAUGCCAGUCUGCUGCGCAUCUACGCAGCAUAUUGGCCUGCGCAGCUAUCAGGACUACGGCGAGCGCAGCUCAUACAACCAGGGAGGCAGAAGCACUUACCAGGGUGGUUUCGGUGGUGACAGCUUCGAUGGACGGGAUGGUGGCUUCCGUCGGCAGAGAAGUGGAUUUGACAGAUCUAGCCAAAAUAAUGCUGGGCAGACCCUGCAGACCCAGCAAUUCAACCUCGAGUCGAUGCAGCCAAUUCAAAAGAGCUUCUACUCGGAGCACCCCGAAGUUGCGGCUCUGGGCCAAGAUGAGGUCAAAGCUUUGAUGCAGAAGCUAGACGCCAGCGUCGAAGGCAAGGAGCCGCAUCCCAAGCCCUUGCAAUCCUUCAGCCACAUCGGUCUUCCCGACGACCUGCUGAAGCUAGUCAUGGCGGCAGGCUUCCCUGGGCCGUCGCCGAUUCAGAGCAUAGGAUGGCCCGCAGCUCUCUCGGGCCGUGACAUGGUGGCCGUCGCCCAGACCGGCAGCGGCAAGACGCUCGGCUUCCUGCUGCCCGCCCUGGUUCACAUGGCCGCGCAGCCCCCGGUUCAGCCAGGCGAGGGCCCGAUCGCACUCGUGCUGGCCCCGACCAGGGAGCUGGCAGUGCAGAUACAGCUGGAAGCGACGAAGUUCACGAGGGGCACGGCGGUGCGCUGCGUCGCCUGCUACGGCGGCGCCAGCCGCCACAGCCAGGUGUCGCAGCUCCGCGGCGGCGUCGAGAUCAUCGUCGCGACGCCCGGGCGCCUCCUGGACCUCGUGGAGUCGCGCGAGACCUGUCUGCGGCGCGUGUCCUACCUGGUCCUGGACGAGGCCGACCGGAUGCUGGACAUGGGCUUCGAGCCACAGACUACCAGCCUUCAACGUAUCCCUAUCCCCAAGAUUGACACGCCAAGAGGCGGUGACGAUCUUAGGGAUGCGCCCUCAAAAAAGAAGGGAAUCCCUAAGGUCGGCAUCGUGAUGAGGAGAUGCCCGGCAUAG